AUGGCCACCAAUUCGGAUUCCGGCUCGAUUGUAUUUACGCCUCCCCUGGGCGAGUCCGUGUUUAUGACUGCAGGGAGCUCCUCUCUCAUCCUCUCGGCAGCCAGUUCACGAUCUGCCGACCUUUUCGCCCAGAUUGGUGACGAAAUUUCACCGUUGAAGAGUAUUGAGCGUGUGUUAGCCCUGGGUGAGCUCCAGGUGUACCAGGCGUCUUUGAAUGCAAUUUCCUGCGAUGCCACGGAGGUUUCCAUCUUUGAGCACGCGAAUGGCGGACGACAACUCCUGGGCACGAUUUCCCUCGUGUGGUCUACAGAACCCAAGGCGACCGAGCGGGACUUUUGCACUAAGGUCGUUCUGGAUGAAAGUGAGAAUUUCAAAAGUCAACGACUUGAGUGGCUGGAGCAGGACCAGUGGGAAGGGUGGGCCUGGUAUCGUCCCCGCGACACUUGGAUUGAGGCAUCAUUCACUUCCUUGCGCGAGUUGUCUCCACAGGUCACGACUCACUCACUUCUGCUGCGCCCGACAACCCCAGCCAACGACCCACAGUCGGUGUUCGCCGUGUUCCCUGCCUCGUCGAGUGAAGCAUUUGUCACAUUAAGCGCCGCUCGCGCUGAUGAAACCCCGGGGAUCUAUGCCCGAGUGAGACGGGUGAAGAAAGGCGGAAAUAUUGAUGUAUUUGUCACCGGAAAGCUUGGACACAAAAUAAAUCCAGUCACGAUUAUUCGGGGGGCCAUCGAUCUAGCACGCGAAAAGUACGGUCUCUCAACCGCACCCUUCCAGACCGACACAGAUGGCAAUAACCCUUUCAACCGCCUGGGAUUCUGUACUUGGUCCAGCAUUGGGGAGAAUGUACCGCUUACCUAUGACUUGGUAAAAAAUCUUGUGCGGUCACUGCGGCAAGACAAGGUCCCCAUCGGUACUUUCAUCAUUGAUGACGGUUGGCAAGAUAUCCGCACUGGUCGAAAUGGUGCAGACACCUCGCGUGGUCUCUGGACCUUUGGCACAUGGCCUGAAAUGGGAUGCAGUCUUUCAGAGGUUGUGGAAUUGGUCAAGGACACUCUGCCCACAGUACAGGAUGUGGGUGUAUGGAUGACACUCUACGGAUACUGGAACUCUGUCGCACCCGACUCCCCUCUGGCAAAGAAAUACGAAAUGAGAGCCUUCUCCCUAAACCCAAAUAACCUGCCGGGAAUUCCACAGCCUCUCGGCGGAUUUGAUACCCAUCAGACUUGCUCCAUCGCCGACCCCAAAGACCGGGUUUACUACCUUCCUCCCAAACACCGAGCUUACGACUUCUGGAAAGAUUACUUCUCAUCUUGCGCCGAAGCCGGUGUAUCGUUUGUUAAGGUCGACAAUCAAGCCUACGGCAGCUUUCUGGACGGCGUUGAAGGAGGCGAGGAGUUCGUUGCCAUGUGGGACGGAAUGACCAAAGCAGCGAACGAAGUAUUCGGUGAAAACCGUGUCAUCCACUGCAUGGCACACUACGAACGGAUGUUCAACGGAGAUAUUGGCCUGGGAGCAGCGACUAAUGGGAAGAAGGUCGUGUUCCGAAACUCGGAUGACUUCGGCCUCCCGCGUCCCAACGUGCACCGUGACCAUAUCCGCUAUAACAUCUACAACGCCCUUCUUACCAGCAAUUUAUGCAUCGUCCCAGAUGUGGAUAUGUUCAUGACCAAUGCUCAGUGGCCAGCGUACCAUGCCACACUGCGUGCCUUUUUCGACGGCCCAGUGCUUGCGGCGGACAAACCAGGAUCAUACGAUUCCCACAUCCUCGAGAAACUUAUCGGCUUCUCACCCGCUUCUGGAACGCAUGAAGUGAUCAAAACCGAGAAUGCGAUCAGACCGCUGUGUAGGAAUGUUUGGGAACGAUUCCUGGAUGCGGGAGUUGGUCCUGCGCUGAAGGGAACUUCCUACAUCCCCAGCUGCAGUUCUGCGAACAUUGUGCUCUGGAACUGCCGCGCGGAGGCUCAGGACGAUGCUGUUGAUAUAAUCUACUCAGAAGAUAUGCUCGACGCCUUGGAUCUGCCCACCGUGUCCAAAGAGACCGACAUGGCAGUUUGGGUUUCCCAUGCUGCAAAAGCCAGAUCUGUGACUGUGAACGCUUCGACCAGUGAGAAAAAAUUGUCGCCUGUACUAGCAAUCCGCCUACCUCCGAAGGCCGUGGAGAUCCUCACCAUUGCCCCAUACCAUGCUGUCGGAGAGGCAACGAUAGCUUGCCUUGGCCUAAUCGACAAGUACGCCGGACUGGUUGCCAUUGCAAAAUUGGAAGUUUUGGGCACCCGACUUUGUGCAAACAUUCGCUACCAAGGAACUCUCGGGUUUUUGAUAUCCGAAAGUGGAAACUUAGAAAAGGAACUUCGAGUUACCCUGGACGGAAAAGAAGUUCCUUUCACUACGGCACGUCAGUCAGAGGAGCUGUACCUUGUAAAGGUUAAUCUGAACACAGCGGGAUUUUCUCUUGGUAGAGACUACUACGCUGUUAAGAUUGGUUUCUCAUGA